CUGUGACCAGCCCCUUUAAAACAGGUAAAGGCAGUAAGGCUUCUCCACCCACUUGCCUUGGUCUUUCAUCAUAACUGUGGGCCAGGCAGGGAGGUUGUGCAAUGUGUGCGCUCCAGUCAGAAGGGUGCGGGAGAGGUUCAUGCGCUGGGAGCAGGAGCCAAGGCUCAAGGCCCUGAGCCAGGAGAGCAGGCAGGGGCUGGAACUGAAGCCCCUUCUACAGCCAGCAUGGAGCUGAGGGCCCCUAGAAGCAGCAUGGAGCUUUCCCUCAGCUUCCUUCUCUUUUGGGCUCUCCUUCCUCCUGAGGUGCCGGGGAAAGAAGUGAACCUCCUAGACACAAGCACUGCACAGGGUGAACUGGGCUGGCUUCCAGAUCCUCCAGAAGUGGGGUGGAGUGAAGUGCAGCAGAUGAUAAAUGGUACUCCUGUCUACAUGUACCAGGACUGCAGUGUACUUUCUGAGGGUGAUACUGAUCACUGGCUUCGCACAAAUUGGAUCUAUCGGGGUGAGACAGCCUCCCGCAUUUAUGUGGAGCUAAAGUUCACUGUGAGGGACUGCAAGAGCUUCAGAGGUGAAGUGAUCACCUGCAAAGAGACCUUCAAUCUGUACUACAUGGAAUCUGAGCAAGAUGUCGGGAUCCAGUUUCGACGACCACUGUUCAUCAAGCUCAACACUGUGGCAGCUGAUCGAAGUUUCACAAGCAGAGACAUUGAAUCAGGGGCUAUGCAGCUGAACACAGAAGUGUGCCCCAUUGGGAAGCUGUCUCGUCGGGGCUUCUACUUGGCUUUCCAGAACUCCGGAGCCUGUGUAGCAAUGGUGUCUGUCCGAGUGUAUUACAAGACAUGCCCAGAGGCAGUGCGGGGCCUUGCCCGUUUUCCUGAGACCCUGGCCGGUUCAGAAGGGCUCACAGAGGUGCCUGGUACCUGCGUGGAGUUUGCAGCUGAAGAAAUGGGAUCUCCCCCCAGGAUGCACUGCAGCACCGAUGGGGAGUGGCUGGUACCAGUGGGUCGAUGCCUCUGUGCUGUGGGGUUUGAGGAAGUCGACGGGAGCUGUGUAGCUUGCAAGCGAGGAUUCUACCGUCACUCCCUGGAGACUAACCACUGCCUGAAGUGUCCCCCAAACAGCUCAUCCAAUGAGUCAGGGGCUACAUCUUGUUCCUGCAACACAGGCUUCUACCGGGCACCUUUGGAAGGCCAGAACAUUGCUUGCACCCGCCCUCCCUCAGCUCCUCGUAAUGUCAGCUUCUCCCUCAUUGGCACUCAGCUCAGCCUGUGGUGGCAGCCACCCAGUGACCAUGGUGGGCGGAAGGACCUGACUUACACAGUCUUCUGUCAGCGCUGUCUUUUCCUGGCAUGUGAGCCAUGUGAGGCUGGUGUGGUCUUCUCCCCCAGUGCUUCUGGUCUCACUAAACCUGCUGUGGAUGUGGAAGGCCUAGAAGCUUAUACCAACUACACAUUUGCUGUGGAAGCCCAUAAUGGCGUCUCAGGAAUGGGCCCUGCUUCACAGAGGACUACUCCAGCUGUCUGGGUUGCGGUUGGACAUGCAGCUCCAGUGACAGUGUCCCAGUUUAUCCUGACACAGAGAGAUGACAGUAGUCUGUCCAUUUCUUGGCUCGCUCCACGGCAGCGCAGCCGGACCUCAGUGGAGUAUGAGGUCAUGUUCUUUGAGAAGGGAGAGGAGGCACGUUACACAGUGAAGCACCUUCUCGAGCCAAAUGUCACUCUGACAGACCUGCAGCCUGACACAGCCUAUCUUCUUCGUGUGAGAUCCAUCACACCCCUUGGGCCUGGACCAUACUCCCAGGAGCAAGAGUUUCGCACCCUUCCACCAGACACGGGAGCUCUCUCUGAUGGAGUCAUAGUUUCCAUUGUUUUUGGAGUUCUGCUGUUUGUAGGGCUGCUUGUGGGAGUUUUCAUCCUCAGGCAAAAGCGGGCUCGUCAGAGGCAAUCACGGCCAGAUUACAGUACUUCAGGCUUUGAUCGAGAGAAGGUCUGGCUGAAGCCCUAUGUAGACCUGCAACCAUAUGAUGAUCCAAGCAGAGGAGUGCUGGAAUUCAUUAAGGAACUGGAUGUCUCUUGUGUCACCAUGGAGAAUGUAAUUGGGGAGGGAGAAUUUGGGGAAGUCUAUCGUGGGUCCCUACGCCUUCCAGGGAAAGAACGGAUUGUGGUUGCCAUCAAGACCCUAAAGUCAACAUAUUCAGACUCUCAGUGGUGGAACUUUCUGCGUGAGGCAACAAUUAUGGGGCAAUUCAAUCAUCCAAACAUUGUGCAUCUGGAAGGGGUUGUUACCAAAAGGAGGCCGAUGAUGAUCAUAACUGAAUAUAUGGAGAAUGGAGCACUGGAUACCUUCCUCCGGGAGAAUGAGGAAAAAUUCAGCCCUGUGCAGCUUGUGAGCAUGUUGCAGGGAAUAGCCUCUGGCAUGACCUACCUUUCAGAACACAGCUAUGUGCACCGCGAUCUAGCUGCUCGCAACAUUCUUGUAACACGCAGCCUUCAGUGCAAGGUGUCUGACUUUGGCCUCUCCCGAAUAUUGGAGAAUGAUGCAGAGGGAACCUAUGAAACUAAGGGUGGUAAGAUUCCCAUCCGAUGGACAGCCCCAGAAGCCAUUGCCCAUCGGAUUUUCACCUCAGCCAGUGAUGUCUGGAGCUUUGGAAUUGUCAUGUGGGAGGUGCUGUCUUUUGGUGACAAACCAUACGGGGGCAUGACCAAUCAAGAGGUGAUGAAAAGUUUAGAGGAUGGGUACCGGCUCCCACCACCUGUGGACUGUCCAUCUAUCCUCUAUGAGCUCAUGAAGAGCUGCUGGUCACAUGAUCGAUCAAGGAGGCCUCAUUUUCAGGAGAUACGGGCACAGCUGCAACAUUUCAUCUCUAGUCCCCACCUCCUCCGGCCCGUUGCAGAUUUUGAUCCCAGGGUAACACUUCGGCUCCCCAGCUGCAGUGGGUCAGAUGGCAUCCCCUAUAGAUCCAUUCCGGAGUGGCUGGAAUCCAUUCGCAUGAAGCGCUACAUCUCCAACUUUCGCACUGCUGGCCUUGACACCAUGGAGUCUAUCCUGGAGCUCACUGCUGAAGACUUGAAGCAGAUGGGAGUGUCACUUCCAGGCCACCAGAAGAGGAUCCUUUGCAGUAUACAAGGCUUUAAAGAGUGAUCCGUCAGUGUUCUCUUAAGCUUCACAAAUGCCCAGUCCUAGCAGACAUCACUUGGAAUCAUUCCUAUGGCAAUUGCUUCCAAAUGAGUGACUGAAACAAGCGGAGGAAAACAACCAGGACUGAAAAGACUCAUGAGAAAACACCACCUGCUCUCAUUUCUGUUCUCCUUGCUUUAGCACCAAAGCAUCUGGCAGUCCCUUUUCAGGGCACUGGUCUUAGAAUCUGUUACCAGCCCUGUCUUCUGUAAUGUGGUCUGUGCAGCACUAAAUAAUCCCUGUAGUCCACAUACAGGAG